AGACGACGAAGAAGAAGACCACGGAAGUUCGUGUGUGUGGACUUCGACAUGGCGUCAGACUUCUCGUUUCGCUGACCGACAGGUGGCGCCGGAGAGCUGCCAUGACGCGCGUCUUCCACGCCGCUGGUCUCCAUGGUUACGCGGUGGAAGCGUCUCCCUUCUCCGCCAACCGAGUGGCCUGCGCUGCAGCGCAGAACUUCGGACUCUCAGGUGGAGGAGCGCUGAUGCUGCUGGAGCCGACCAACACCGGAGUCGCGCUGGUCCACAGCUGGAGCUGGAGCGACGCGCUCUUCGACGUCUGCUGGAGCGAGACUCACCAACAUGUCCUCGUAGCUGCAGCAGGAGAUGGGAGUUUGCAGCUGUGGGAUUCCACCUGUGGCGAUGCUCCUCUCGCAGUGGUGAAGGAACACGCCACAGAGGUGUGCUCAGUGGACUGGAGCCAAGCUCGAGGGGAGAACCUGCUGGUGUCGGGCUCCUGGGAUCAAACUGCUAAAGUGUGGGACGCUCAGCUGGCUCGCUCUCUGGUCACGCUGCGGGGUCACGAAGGGGUCAUUUACAGCACCGUCUGGUCGCCUCACAUCCCAGGAUGCUUUGCCUCAACCUCAGGUGAUGGGACUCUCAGAGUUUGGGAUGUCAGAGCGGCUGCAUGUCGGGUGGCUGUCCCAGCUCACCAGGGUGAAGUCCUGAGCUGUGACUGGUGCAAAUAUGACCAGAAUCUGGUUGCCACUGGCUCGGUGGACUGCAGCGUGUGUGUCUGGGACCUACGUAACGCCCGCAAGCCUGUCGCUUCAUUGUUGGGCCACACCUACGCUGUCCGGAGGGUCAAGUUCUCACCCUUCUGUAAAACACUGCUGGCCAGCUGCUCCUACGACUUCACCGUCCGGUUCUGGGACGUGAGUUUGGACCCGCCGCUGCAGCAGGUGCAGCAACAUCACUCGGAGUUCGUUUUCGGUCUGGACUUCAACCUGCACAUCCAGAACCAGGUGGUGGACUGUUCCUGGGACCAGACGGUGAAAAUCUACACGCCGGCGUGUCUCACGCCGCCGUAGCCCGCUCGCACUCCAUGGUUUCAUAAAGGCGUGCUGCUCGCCGCCGCUUCCUGCCUGUUUUCCAUCUCAGCGUUGGAACUUGUGAACCGGCAGCUCCGCCUCCACAGAUUACUGCGUCUAAUCUCUGUGAGCGGCAGCCGCAGGAAGAAUGCCUCCCCCCCACCCCCUGCACCCCCCUCCCCGGCCGGGUCUUAAUCUCCUCGCCUCUUCUGUCUCAGCGUGUUAAUUGGAAGCUAAUGGACUGAGCUGGAUGUGGGCGGAGCCUGUCCCUCGUGGCCCCGAGAUGAUGUGGUGAUGAAAUAUUUCAAUUAAAAUGUU